AAAUUAUUAUAUUUGGCAUAAUUAUAUAAACAUUUAAAUAUGUGAGUAAUAUUAAAAAUAUAUAAUAAUUAUGUAAAACAAAUAUCUAUAUAUAUAAAUGUGAAAAUAUAUACCCGCACGGUUGUGCGGGUGGAAAUCUAGUUUUUUUUUUUUUUUUUUUGCCUUUUCGUUUGGUUAAUAAAGAAUGAGAGGAUGGUCCAUAUAUAUUUUUGGUGCGGAGGUUGGAUCGACAAGGUAAUCUAGGAGGAGAUAUACUGUCGAAGUUGAUUAGACAAAGCAAAAAUAAAAAUAAAAUGCAUCACCUCACAAGUCACUACGGUGAAACAAAAAAAAACAUGUACUUUUGAUACUUAAGCUUGGAUGGUUUCUUUUUCCCAGCAGAUGAUGUUUUUAAAUUUCAAAAGAAAUCAACAAUAUGUAUAUUAGGGAAUCAUAUGUUGGUGAUAAGAUUAUAGUUGGUUGGAUGUAUUAAAAUAUGAAAAUCGUAAUCUCAAUCAUUGGCCAGCCAGAAAAAAACAUUUCAUGUAUGAAAAAAAAAAAUUCAUGUAUCAAAUAGUGUGUUUAUAAACUGCAGAACACACACAUCAGAUUUAAAUGCAUUUUACAUUUUACAUACCUUGUUAUAAAAAACUCCCCUUUUUUGUGUCACAAAGAUAAAAAGGUCCUCUCGUAUUUUUACGUGUGUAUAUAAAAUCACACAAUGACACACACAUAUAUAUAUAUAUAUAUUUUUUAAUUUAUUCACUCCCACGAUUAAAAGAAUAAUGUCUAAACAAAACAAAUACAACUCUUUUUGAUGGAUAAACCACAAUUUCAGCUUAAACGAAAGACUGAUUUAACAGUUUAGUUGACUUAUACCAAUGAUGUAUGGUUUUGUAAGUUAACGAGAACGCAUAUAUAAUCAUAAACAAUGAUUAAUGACAUUUUUAUGAGAGAUGGAUGUGUAUGGUUUUUCUGUUUUGGACAUUCAACCGAAACGGGAGAAUCUAUUAAAAAGAAUUGAAACGAAAGGGAUUGUCGGGGAGAAUUAAUUGGCUUCGUAAUCCUUUUCCAGUGUGCUAAACUCACCUAACACUUAAAACAAAUAAAGACAGCUUAUUCGUUUAGGGUUUUGAAUCAAACGUCUCACCUAAACCCUAAAUAAAUGGAACUACGUGCAUACGGUUUAGAUAUGUUUCAUAAUUCAAAAAAAAAAAAAUUAUGAUGAAAAAACGAUAAUUAAGAAAUUUACAUAAAAAAACUAGGUGAGGACAAAGACAAACUCAUUUGAUUAAGAUAUGGCUACUUAUAGCAUUUAUUACAAUUAAUAGGUAUAACAUGAAAUCAUGAACAUUCAUUAUUCAUGUCCCUAAUAAAUCAAUAAUUCAGAUUAUUACAACAUACUCUUUCAAGUGUCCACUACUAUACAAUUACAUGUGUGGGCUCUGUAGCUCUAGGUCAGAUUGCACACAUCAAAAGUGUCUUUUUUUCUUCAAACACCAUUCAAUUAUUUUAAGGGAAAAUUGGAAAAAUAGGACAUUCUCAACUUAGAUUUGUCUCAAUGGGAUUUUUAGAAGAUUACUUAGGAAAAUAGGAUUUUAAUUCUUGUAAAUACCAUAAUACCCUUAAAAUAAACCAAUUAAUAUGAAUUAUAAUUAUAACAAUGAUUUUCGUAAUUGAUUUAGUAUUAAAAAUAAAAAAAAAUAAAAAAAAGAUAUGGUUGAGGUAAAACCCGUAAAGUUGCCCUAAUUUUUUUUAAUCUUCUUUUCUCUGCCGUAGCUCUUGACUUCAUCCAUGGCGAUUUAGGGUUCUUGGAAAAUCAUUGUUCUUCAUCGGUGUUUCGUCAGAUGGUUAGUCUUUAAUCUCGUUUUCGUCAUCCUCCUCUUCGUUCUCACAUACGAAAAAACGAAAUCGUACGAGUUUCGACGGUUCAUUACGAAAUAAAAGUGUUCUUAGAUUAAUAAGUUCUUGAGUUAAGACACUUAAUAGUUUUAAGUGUGUUUGAAUCUUGAAUUAUAAUCAUCGCAGGAGCCGAGAGUUCCUCUGGCAAGGAACACUGCUCACGCCACAAAAGAAGACGCAGAUAAAGAGGUAACACUAGUUUUUUUUUCUUCGUGAUCUAAACCUUAAGCAUUUAUAUACUUGAAAAACAUGUUAAUUUCUGUGCUUAAUAUUUUUAGGUUCUUGAGGCUUUGGACCAUUACCGUCAUAUUUAUGAAGAGUAUUUUGCAGUCCAGUUGUAAAAGGUAUGAAGAGUGAGAAGAAGUUUGCAGGUGCACGUUAUACCACAAGCGUAGAGGUAAAAAUUACAUUUAAAAACUUGGACUGAUGUAUUUAUAAGUUGUCAUGUAGUCUCUUUAUUUACAAAUCAGUAAAUGCGAUUAUGUUUUAGGCUUUCAUACCAGAAACUGGUCGUGGUAUACAAGGUGCAAAGAUGUUUGACAUCACAUUCACAAAUAAAGAAGGAAAAAGUAAAAGGUGUGGCGAAUUCUUGGGCUUAUAGUGCCAUAACGAUUGGAGUGAUGAUAUUGACUUAUGGAGAUGACAAAGGAUUGGUGAAUCCCCCUAACGUUGCACCAAUCCAAGUCAGACUCAGUGAGGAAGGAAAUGGUCUUGAUGUCUGUGAUAGCUAACCAAGAUUGAGCUUAACCAAAGUCUGUGAUAGCUUUGAUCCAAGGGUCUUGAUGUGAUCAAGCAAGCUCAAUCUGGAACAUAAAGACAGCUAUGAAAUUUAAAUCUGGCGUUUUGCAGCAGCUUGAUUACACUCUUGUUCAGUCCCAAGCUUUUGUUUUUACUCCUACCAUGUAGUGUUAGCUCAUUGCAGCCUUGAUUCACUUUUUUUUUCCAUAGCAUAUUGUUUAAGUUGUUUGCAUGAAGUUGAUCUUGAAUGUUUGUCUUGCUUUUCUUGUUGGCAUGAAGUUGUUUGACGUCUUCACACAAUACAUAAAUUUCAUAAAUAAUACGAUACAUGGCAUACAUUAUAUUCCAAGAAACAGAAACAAACAAGAAAAUGGUAAAACUGGACAAUAAAGGUAAGCAAGUGGCAACAUUUAGUAGUCAUCACUUACAUAAACUCUCACCGUUAAUUUUGUAGAGUAAAGAGGCAUACAAUCUCGGUAUUUAUGGGUAAGAGAAUGAUAUAAUAAACAAGACAAAAUAACAUAGAUUAGAACCAUGUUGUACUGAUAGAGAAAAGAUGUGAUUUUAUGGAUGAAGAAGAGAGAAACACAAACAAAGAGAAAAAGAUCGUGGGAGGAGGAGGAGGAGGAGAAGAACGUGGAUAAAAUAUUUCCAAAUAUAUUUUAAGAGAUUUAUGUUAGAUUUAGUUUAGAAUUAGGAAACUUCUUUAACCGAAUAUGGAAGUUUCCAUAUUUUCACGGUUUGCCUAGAAUAUGUACACUACUUAAGCAGAACACCGUAUAGUAGGUGAAAAAUGUAUUCUUCAUGUAGGCGUCAUAUAAGGUAAAAGGCAGAACAAGUUAUGUCACGUAAUAUAACUGACAUAUAUCAUUGAGUUGUGGCUAUAUAUCGUUAUCGAACUGUAGGUAUACCGAAUACAUCUUUCUUGAUUAUAACGUAACCGAUUCUAUCUUUGCUAGAAUAUACAAGAAAAGUUAGUUUACGGUAUAUACCAUUGAUAUAUCUAUGUUUAAAACUUAGAAUCGGACAUAUAAACUAGGUAGAUUACUAGAAUGAGUAUUCUAAUUGUAGCUAGAAGAUAAAAUAAAAUAUGAUUUCAAUUUUUUUUUUUUUAAAGUUUAAACAUAUAUAUUGUCAUAGUUAUGUUUCCAACAGUUUUCAUAUUUUUUUACAUUUUUAAAAUUCAAUUUACUAUUUUUCCCAUUAAAGAAGGGUAAAACAUGUCCAGAAUUACCAAAAGUAUGAGAAGUGUUAUUGUGACAAACAAAAGUUCAAAGUGUCCCAUUUUUCCAAUUCUCCCUUAUUUUAAAGGUCACAUGUCUGGCCAAUUCCAUAAAUAGAACACAUACUUUCACUUCCCACGACCACAUCACUUCACAUCUAUUUCCAAAUUUUACUUUCUUUCUCUUUAUAUAUUCUCUAUAGGCUAUAUACACAAAAUACACAUGGAUCCUUCCGUCAAAGAAUAUCAAGAAAUGUUAAAAAUCGAGAAACGAGGUCAUCAAGAUCUUGAUUUAGGCUUGACCCUUUUCCGUGGUACGACUUCAUCAGAGUUCAAUCUCAUCGAUUCUUUUAAAUCCAGCUCAUCGUCGACUUCUCAUCAUCUUCACAAUCAUCAAGAACAUUUGGAAGAUCCGAGAGUGUUCUCAUGCAACUAUUGUCAAAGAAAGUUCUAUAGCUCACAAGCACUAGGCGGUCACCAAAACGCUCAUAAACGCGAACGCACCUUAGCCAAACGCGGGAAGUACUACAAGAUGAGUCUCUCCUCCUCCCCUCCUUCCUCGGCGUUCGCGUUUGGACACGGUUCAGUCAGCAGAUUCGCAAGCAUGGCAUCGUUACCGUUACAUGGCUCGACUAGUAACAGAUCAACGCUAGGGAUUCAGGCUCAUUCAACGAUCCAUAAUCCCGUUUUAGGAAGACAAAGAGCGAGUUUAAGUCAUGUUUUCAAACAGAACGUUCACCAGAGACCGGCCAUCGGAAAGAUGCUGCCAGAGAAAUUUCACCUUGAAGUGGCCAGCAGUAAUAACAGUAAUUUUACUGCUCCUGAGUUGGAGAGGAUUGGAUAUUUCAAGAACAAGCAAGAAGAUCAUAACCAGUUUAGCAAGAUUGACUUGACUCUUAAGCUAUAAUCUCUUAUUGUCAUCGUCUUUUAGUCUUUAUUACUGUAACUUUCAAUUAUAUAAAUAUCUUUUGAUGCUUAUCUUUGCUUGAUACAAUGAUUGACUGCAGAAUGUGUAAAGAGUUUCAUUAACUAAGCUAUACCUUUUCCAUGAUAUCUUGUUUUGUAGUUUAAUAACUGAGGUCUCUUUUAAUAUAUGCAGUACAAUACUCAAAGCUUUUAUUAAAUUAAAUUACUAUGUUAGGUAUUGGACAUAUAUUAUUAGGAUGAUUCAAAUGAGAGAACUGCAAAAGUAUUUGUGGAGUAGAGUUGAUAAAAGAAACAAAACAUGUCCUACGUUAUACGCAUUAUUGCCCACUAAACUGUCGCCGAUCAAUUAGGCGUGAACUGACUUUAGUCAAUCAAUAAGAAUAAUAUAUAUGUAUUCUAUAUAGUAUAUAUAAAAGAUGAUAGUCUAGUGGUGGAUUUUCUUCAUCAUAUGACAAAAUAAAUCGGCAUAAGCAAGAAUUUACAUUUUUAAGAACAAAAUCUAGAGUGGAUACAAUGUGAUUAUCGAAGAGAGGUCCUACAUGUAGUUAAAAGAAACAGACAUUAAUCUACAAGUGAAGAGUUCGUCAGAGGUUGUGUUGUUUUCAUCGCCAUGUGACUAUUAAAGUUAAAUUCCGAUGGUCCUUUUUAAUCUAAUCUUGUCAUGUCGCUACUAUUAUUUCACAAUUUAAUCACAUUACAAAAAAUAAAAAAAAUAUUAUAAUCGAUUACCAACUCAGAAAAUAAUAAUCUGCAUUAUUGCAUAUAUAUUUUGUAAUAAUUACAUAUGUUAAUUGACAUUUCACAACUUAUAUAGCUUUUGGAAUGAUAUAUAACCAUGUGGGUGAGAGGGAUCUAUUAGUGAAAAUGAAUUAUUAUCUUGGAUGUACUGAAUUAUAUAACCCAAAGAAUCUGUGAAGUUUGCUUUGGAUGGGGUCCGUAUCAAGUUGAUGUUUACACUAAAGUUAUAAUUAUGCUAAUCAUUGCAAUUAACAAUCAACUAGAUAUUGACCCGUCCUCGAAAGGGCGGGUAUAUGUUUUGUUUUUAAAAUUUAUGUUUAAUAUAAUUUAUAUGUUUGUGUGUUUGUAUAAUUAUAUUUUAGUAUGAUAUGAAUUUAAUAGAAUAGAUUAUUUUUGUAAGUAUAUUAAAUAAAUCAAGUUUCAUAUGUAUUUGUGUCUUUCCUUGUAUCAUAUAUGUAUUUGUUUAUAAUCAUAUUUAUGAUUUUUUAUCUGUGAUCAUAUUAUAAACUACAUGUAAGGGUAAGAGUUCGGGUUCGAUUCCGACUAUUCAGAUAAUGGUCUUUAGAUAAGAGAUUAAAACCUAUUUGGAUAUUUAUAAAUUUUAGUUUGGAUUCAGUUUGGAUCAUUACGGGUUCAGUUCAAAUACGGGUAAUCAUUUAAAUUAUGUCAAAAUAUAGACAUACAAAUAUACCCGUCCUUUAAAUUAUGUAAAAAUAUUUUUGUUUUAAUUUUUUGAAAAUUUUAAUUUUUAUAGUUGUAUUUUUGUAAUCAUAUUAUAUUUAAUUAAUAUAUUUUUGGUAGUUAAAUUAAUGUUAAACAAAAUAUGAUUACAAAAAAACACAAAUUUUAAAAUUAAAUUUUUUAAAAAAAUUAAAACAAAAAUAUACCCGCUAAAAUCUAGUGCUUUUUAAAAUAACCUGUAAAAAGUUCUAAUCACAAAUUUUUGCAUGUUUGAUGUAAACUUAAUAAAAUUCUAAGGUUAUUGUUUAUUAGUAUAAUUUUUAUUGCAAGUUAAUUUUCUUCCUAAUAAAAUGCUAAAAUAAAAAUAAAUAUAGUUUACUCUUCUUUAGAUGACAUCGUAUUGGGUAUCUUCAUCGUUUGAAAUAGUUUUUACUGGGUAGUUUUUUUUUUUGAUGAAAUGAUAUGGCAUUAAUUGUAUUAAAAAUGACGUGGCUAUAGAAAACUAUUACAUAAGAACGAAAGCUAUGGAAUUAAAGUAACUCAGCAGUUUUAGCUAUAUAAAAAGUGGGUCCCGAUUAUUUAGGAGUUUAUAGUGGAAGUUAUUUAGCGUACAAAGUAAUUAGUGUUAAUUGUGUUUUAAUAAUAUUGAUAUACGAAAAUAAUUGUUGGACACUAUUUUUAUCAAUAGAUCACACUGCUGUUUUAAUAGAUUAGAUUUCUAAAUUGAAUAACUUAUUAAAAUCCCGUUAAACUAAAUGAGUUUAUAUGAAUAUUUAUUUCUAUUAAAAGUUCACUUAUAAAAAUUAAAUGUCAUUAAUAACCCGUUCCACCACUAAUUAAUAUUAAUAUAGUUAACUUUUUCUGUUUGAAAAAAUAUUAGUUAACUUUAUGAGUUAACUUUUAAAGUUUCAUUUUAUAGUAAACAAACUUAAAAAAUAUAUUUCCACCGGUUUAUAUAUAUAUAUAUACAUAUAUAUAUUUAAUAUUAUAUAUAUUCAAAAAUAUUUAAUAUUUCUUAUAAUAUAUUUCUUAAGUUUCAGAUAAAUGUAGUUAUAUAUUAAGUUAAGAAAGAGGUUUUUUAAUAUAUACAGUAUAAUCUUGGUCUGUUGGAAGCUUGGGCCAUUUUACACUCUUGUAUUCGAUAGAUAUAUUUAUGUAGUGUGUAUUUUUUUUUUUGAGUGGCAUAUUUGUAAAUAUUUCCACCUUCCCUAAGAAUAUUUUAGAAUUCUCUGCAACAUUUCAAUGGCCACCAUACUUUCAUAAUCGAUCAACUUUUAAGUUUUUCUUGUUGUUUAUGCCUUAAACUUGUAAUCCAUUACAAAAUAUCUGAUUUCAACCUUUUAAAAUGCAAAAAGUCAGUUACUUUAAAUUUUCUGAUUUCUUGUCCGAUUAUGACAAAUCAACACAGUGAACCACCAUGGAACGUAUAAUCGCCAGAGAAUCGAUCACCAUGGACGCGUUUUGAUCAGGUCUAAAAUCUAAAUCAAUGAAUCCGAUAUUGUUGUGAUUGAAGAAACGUAACUGAUUGUUAUAGACAAAAAACGUGAUUAGUUAUUUAAUAUAAGCAGUUAUAAAAUAAUCAAUUUUUUGGAAAAAUAAUAAUUGGACUCUAAUUUUAUCAAUGGGUCACACUGUUAUUUUAAUAGAAUAGAUAUUUUUCACAAUCAAGAUGUUAACGAUGCGGAAAUCAUGUUGUUAUGCACCAUUAUUACUUCACUAAUCCCUCACAUUAUCCUACAACGUCACAUCGAUUAAGAUUUCUAUGUAGAUACCAAAGUCAUGUAUCACAGUGGAAAAAGAUCCAAUAUUCUCCAGACAAGGAUAUAUUAUCAUAUCCUCACUACGCAAGCUUAUUAGAUGCUAAAUUACCCUUUUUACAUAUGAUUAUUUUCAUCAUAAACUAAUGUCAGUAAUUAUUCACCACAAAGAGAGAUAAGUAGCCUAACAAAUAAAAAAAAAAAUAUCCACAUUAUAAUUACGAUUGUUUUUCAUCAUCAUAAUAAUAAAAUGAAUUCAGCUGGCUUGUCCCUUUUAACUUCUGGUGUUUCACAGUAAAUCCACACUAGGGAAUAAAAAAAAGAGUAAAGAAGUCAUUAAAUCAUGGAGUUGCUCCUCUGUUAAGGAACACUAAGAAUUGGUUUGGAAGUCACCAAGUCUGUCUGACAGAAGUAUUAGCUAGCAAGUUCCCUAAGGGGAAAA